ACCGCCUCCUUCCUUCUUCUUCCUCACACCAUUCACAAAUCCUCUCUCAUCUCUCUCAAACCCUAAUUUCAAAAACUCUACUUUUCCAUUGAAAAAUGUGUGGAGGAGCUAUCAUCUCCGAUUUGGUGCCACUCCAACCAGGCAGAAAGUUGAUGACCGACGAUUUCUGGUCCGAGUUCGACACCUUCUCUGACCUAUUUGGUACUCUCGAUCCCAAACCCUUCAACAAUGGCGGAUCUACCACCUCCAUCCAUCAUCCUCUCAAGAAAACUCCCAAACCAAGACAACCCAAUAAAGUAAAGGGUACUGAAAAGAAGAGAACGAGGAAGAACAUAUACAGAGGAAUCAGACAAAGGCCAUGGGGAAAAUGGGCAGCCGAGAUUCGUGACCCGCAAAAAGGUGUCCGAGUUUGGCUCGGUACUUAUAACUCAUCUGAAGAAGCCGCCCGAGCCUACGACGUAGCCGCUAAACGAAUCCGUGGCGACAAAGCUAAACUCAACUUCCCAAACCAACCACCGCCGCCACCAACAAAUCCGGCGAAGUCUGACGGGGAAUCGGAUUUGACUCAGUGGAUGGUAUCUGAAACUAAUGAGACUCCUUACUAUUUCCCGAUUGGGUCGGGUGAGAUUGAGUUGAAAGAGCAUAUUAUGGGGUUGGAAUCUUAUCUGGGUUUGGAGCCGGAGACUGAGUCGACUCAGUUUCAGGGUAUGAGUCAGCCGGAGCUGGUGGUGCCGGAGAUGGUGGUGCCGGAGCUGGUGGUGCCGGAGCCGGAAUCGGAUGGUUUUUGGAUAUUAGAUGAUUUUGUUGGUGAUGCUUCCGAUGAGUUUAGUAUGGGAUAUUAAUUAAUUAAUUAAUUAAUAUAUGUGGUGGUUUUGUUUUAAAAUUAAAAUAAAAUAAACUAUGCUUUU